AUGACUUCCUCAAGACGUUUCAAACUGUUGUUUUGUGCUGUCGGUAUUUUCGUAUGUUAUUUCUACUUUGGCAUGUUGCAAGAAAAAAUUACUCGAGGACAGUAUGGAGAUGACGGUGAAAAAUUCACCUAUAUGUUCUCUCUUGUUUUCUUCCAAUGUUUAAUUAAUUAUUUAUUCGCCAAGACUACUUUACUUACGGUGUUGAAACAGGGCGAAGACACUACUCCGCAAUCGUAUUAUGUGACAUCUUCCCUCACAUAUUUACUCGCGAUGGUGUGCAGUACUAUGGCCCUGCAAUUUGUUAGUUAUCCAACGCAAGUAAUCGGAAAAGCCGGUAAACCGAUUCCCGUGAUGAUACUCGGAGUACUAUUAGGAAAUAAGGUAUAUCCAGUUAGGAAAUACUUGUUUGUGUUCUUAGUCGUCAUUGGAGUAGCUUUAUUCAUGUACAAAGAUGUCAAUCCAUCUAAGAAGCAAACAGAGAGUCAAACAACAUUUGGAGAACUGUUGCUGUUAUUAUCCCUGACAAUGGACGGUUUAACUAGCGCCGUACAGGAAAGAAUGAAAGCAGAGCAUAGUUCCAAGUCUGGACACAUGAUGUUGAACAUGAACUUUUGGUCCGUAUUGUUCAGCGGAAUCGUCAUCCUAGCUUCCGGAGAACUUUUUCAAUUCAUCCAGUUUUUACAUAGAUAUCCUUCCACCGUAUGGCACAUAGUUACAUUUUCUAUAACGGGAGCGCUCGGACAAUAUUUCAUAUUUUUGACCGUUACAGAAUUUGGCCCGUUACCGUGUUCCAUUAUAACGACGACCAGAAAGUUUUUCACUGUCUUAGGUUCGAUACUGAUCUUUGGUAAUACUUUGACGUUCAAACAGUGGCUGGGCACGUUCAUAGUGUUUGCCGGGCUGUUCUUAGACGCGUUUUAUGGUAGAAGCAAAUCGUCGAAAAAGGAUGUAGUAAAGUAGCAAAUCAACGCAAGUGCGUGGGAUCGCGAAUCUUCAAACGGUACAUGAUCUCGUUACUUGACACGCGAUAACCGUACGCGUCUUACGAGAUUUGUGUAACCGGAUUAUAUCAUGUUACAAGAAUGUACGAAUAUUACAGACAUGUUUUUAUACUUGUAAAUUAAACGUUAAAGAAAUGUUUAACGAUGCGGUUGUAUCGUUACAUAUAUGUAAUAUACAUGUAAUGUGGGUAUGUACGUAUGUAUGAUGUGUGAAUUGCUUGUUUGGAAAAAUGCGAUCAACUAAUGUACAUUGCGAGGAUGCAACAGAAAAGAGAAACGAUGUUAUAAUUCUUGAUAAUAAUUCGUGCAGCAAACAAACGAGUAAGCACGAAACGAGGAAAAUAUACAACCAUUCUAUAUAUAA